GAAAGCUGAGGAGAUGGGUGGAGAAAAGGCCCAGGAGAGCUCGCGGGCGCUUUUCCUGUCUCAUCUGUUGCAAAGCUGCAGGAGAGGUGGCAGUGCACUUUUCAUCCUGCAGGCUGAAACAGAGGAAACUUUGUGUCAACUUACACGGCAGCAGCAGGGAAUGCGUUCAAAGAAGGAAAUACGACUACCGAGGUGUAACUGGCACUACCUGUGGAGCACACAGCCUGUUUUUUUGAAGGCACUUUCUCAUGCGUGAAAGCAUCCGCUAACUACCGAACUGAAGUAAAGUUACGCGUCUGCUCCUGCACGUUUUUAAGAGUAGUUGACCUGGAGGCUUUGUGCGCAACUGAAAAACUUCUUCAGGGGGUCUCAAGAGGCACCAAUCCGUGUACCCGAAGACGAGGAGGACUCCUUAAGGCUGGAGACAUGAGACUGUUUGGCAUCUGCGCGCUUCUGCUGUUAAAAGUAAGCAACAGAAAAUGACUUUUUUUUCACCAACAGAACAACACUCAUUCUUACUGCUCCAAAGCCUGCAUGAUGGUUUUUACUUCAAUAUUUCACCAGCUUUAGCACAUGAGAUCAUAUUACUGCUGUAAACUUCGACCACGAAGUCCAGUGAAGCCCCAUUGUUCCCAGAGGAAAUCUGAAUUACACCACAGCCAUAUUUCAUUAAGGCUGUGUAUCACAUGGCUCCUAUUGGUGAAUAUGAGUUGUCAUUCCGUGGCUGGCAAAUAACAAUAGAAAGAGUGUGUGUGGGUGGGGGGCAUCUGGAUACAAGUCUCCAAACUGAAAGGAAAAAUUCCCACUCCUUUUUUUUUGACUGUGUCCACAAAACUUAAAAUAUGAGAGUGAGCAUCAGACAAAACUGGAACACAGGAGCAGACAAAUUACCCAGAUGAUGCACCCACAGUAGGAUUAAUGAUGGAUUUUAUGGACAAAUUAUAGUCUCAAAGAUGGGUGAUAGUGUGCUAUUAGGCUCGAUGAGUCUGAAAAAACUACCCUGUCUUCUCAGAUGCAGACAAUAAUUUGACACAUCCACCACCAAAAGUCUUUUAAGGAUUGCAGCUGUGUCCAGACAUGCCCACCAGAGUCACAGCCCUUUGGUAAAGAUCAAAGUGUGGAGAUAAACUUCAGAUCUUUAAAGAUGGGUAUCUCCUUCCUAUAAUCAGGGUGUUGAAAUCAAAAGGACAUCUAUGAUGCUGAUCUUGAUCUGCUUUGCAAACACACAGACUCUAAGGCUGCUUUCAGAGAGUCCUCCACCUCACUGAUACUUAUCAUUCAUGCUCUCGAAUGAUUCUCUUAUGACUCACCGGGAGAUUCAGUGCAAAAGCUGAUAAAGCCUUACAGCAUUUGGACACAUCUGCCUCAGAUUUUCUUCUGUUAACUCUUAUUGUUAGUAGUUUACUGUAAAAGUUGCCACAUUUGUCGCUCUCGGCAGUUCCUGGUUAAAAAAAGAAAAAAAAAGUUGACUAGCUUUCUGUGUUGCAGGGGUCUGGAUAUCCGGAGCAAAGCAAUUAUCAUCAGUUUCUCCCAUUUGUGGUUAUGUGUGUGUUUGUCUGAGGGGGGCUCCGCUUUGUUACCACAGUCAUUUGAAUUUCCAUACUUCAAAAUUUCACAGGCGGAGCAAACUUGAGGAUUAUUUGGAGAUUCGACCCACUUCUCUUUGGUGCACUGGGUAAAUAGUUAACGCUGUCUUGUUUGAUUCAGGAUUGUAGGUUUAGGAGAACUCUGCCUGGAAAAGAGAGAAACCUACAUCCUUUAAUUUGUCCCUGCUCUUCCCCUGUGCGCUGAUGACUGUCAUCAGAGGGGCAGGGAUGAGCUGCUUUUACUACUUUCCCUCAGCUCAGGCUGUCUCUGCUGAGAGGCCUCUGUCUGCUGCUACUACCAUCAGCUUGUAAAGGCUCACGGGGUCAAUUUCUUCACAGGGCGAGAGGGUGAGAGCAUCCUUUUGUGUGUUUAUUUUCACGCAGAUUAGAUUAACUGUGGAAACUCUAGCCUGUGAGCUUCAACUAUGGUCCCACUUCAAAAGGGUAGGGGAAAUGUUUCAGGCGCAGAAAAGCUGAAAUGGUGUGUGCUUAUGUGUGUGUGUGUGUGUGUGUGUGAUCCCUGUUGACUGAGUAACUCCGGCAGCCGUGGAGUUGAGAGCCCCAUUGAAAGCAGUGCUCCUCGGUGGUCCCUCUGUUCUCACUGGGGAAUCCCUGCAGAUUGUGGCUUCUUACCUUAAUGGAAAAAGCAACUGCAGCCCUCCUUGUUUUUGGACUUUCUGCCCCCAGGGUCACAGAUAAGGCCAAAUCCUCUCUGGUGCAUUUAAACAAAAUUAAACUUUGCAUUUAAGUUAGAGGUCGAAAUGAUGAGAAGGCUGGAUACUGUGGGAGCAGUAACUAAUCGAGUUAGAUGGUAAAAGGUUUAACAGCUGUUGAUUAAAGUCCACUGUAAUAAGUUAAGUUCAGAAUAAAGUUAAAGAAACGCAAAGCAUGUGAUUAUAGUAAGUGGAGCAAGUAGAAGAAGAAGAAGAGCUACAGACUGCUACUUUAAAGUUGCUUACCUUAUUUGUUCCUUUAAAAAAAUAAACAUAGAAUACUUACUAGAUACCAUCUUUUUUUCUUAAAUAUAGUUGUUACGAACCUACAAAUUUUACUGAGUUUUUAUUGAGUGCUGAUAAUAAAGUUGUGCUUUCUCCAUAAUUAGCUUAAGAGCAUUUUUCAAGCAUUUUUUUUUGUCAUAUUAAUUUUGUUGUAACAAAUAAUGAAUAUCAUGUAACUGUAAGAACUAAAUAUUAAAUGGUAAUUUUAAAUGUUAAAUCAUAAUAUUUUAUCUAUGUUAUCAUUUUAUUUUAUUCCAUUUAAUGAUAAAAGCUCAGUCACUCCUCUACUGAGUGGAUCACUGUUCACACUUCCACUCCAGUGGGAGAAAAAAAAUAUGGUUUUAUCACACUCCGGGCACCAGUGGGUGAAUUGCCAGGCUUUUACAGUUCCAGGUCUGAGCUGCAUCAGCCCUCUCUAGAGGUUUUACAGACCUCCACCAGCCCAGACCUCCUCACACCAGGCUCUGUAAAACAUUAGAAAUCUAAGCUGGAGGUAAAAAUAAAACAGACAGAGCCACUGUCACUAAAUAUUUAUUAUAGUAUAGAUUUAAGGCUGGGAGAGGUUAGCGAGCGUUUGCAGAGAGGGCCGACAGGAGCGACCAGGAAGCCUUUGUGCUGUGAGUUAUUACACUCCGGGCUUUGUCACAGUCUGCCAGCACCAGCCAAACAUCCCUCUGGUGCUGGAUCCUACUGCCCCGUCAGACUAAUACCCCUGAUCUGGGAUCUGUGGUUGCUGCUCAGAUAUCAUCAGGCUGCUGUGUGAGUUAGGCAGUAAAACUGGCUGUUGUUUUUGGAUGGAGGCGAGCUUUGUUUCAAGGCCAUUCCUCCUGUGGUAUCAGCGCAGGGCAGAUCAGUGUUUGGGGAUUGGAAUGGUGUUUGUAGUCUUGUUUCUAGCAGACCUAUUUAACAAGCAGUCGAGGAAUCCAGUUAGACCGUAAUCUGGUAUUUUAAUGAAAAAUUUUUCAUUAAAGUGUAGAUGUGACAAAAUUUAUAAAAAAUACUUAUUCUGCAUUUAUGAGCAGGUUUUCCUCCUGAAAUUUAUGGUGGUUGUUCAGCACAGAAAUACAAAGCGAAGGGUCGAACAACAACAUCCACAUCUCUUAGUAAUUAGGAUUCAAAAGUAUUGACAAGUUUUCGAUCUCAAACCUGGUGUUCAUAAAAAAGUAAUCCACUAAGCCCGCUCUACAGGUCCACACAUGCUGCCUGUGUGUCUGUGGCAGACUUCAGAGACAAAGAGAGACAUCAGAGGCUUGUUUAGUUGUUACUUUUCCCCUUUGCAGGAGGUGAGUUGUUAGACAUCUGUUAGCUCUUGUCAGCCCUCAGGCGGAGCAGCCCAAUCUCUCUUUAAAUGCGUGCAUGUUUAAGAUGCCGUGCUUCAGAGCCAGGAGAAGGGGAGUUAGUGAAAUACUGACCUUCAUAAACACACCUGCAGGGCUUUGCUCACUUCAAAGGACCCCCCUCUCACCCAAACAGACACUUGCAUACUGAGCAGCCUUGGAUGACUGACACCCUUGCCUGGGGCUGGAACCGUCUCCUUUAUAUCCCCAAUCCUCCUGUUUCUGAUGUCAAGAAACACACACUCACAUACUGUAUUCACACACACUGUCAUUCACCCUGAUUUCAAACAAGUGUGUGGGUGGAGGCUCUUUUUACUUCUUCCUUCCUCCUUUGCUGAAUGUUUUCCUUUUACCCCUUUUUUGUCUUAUUCUUUCCACUCGUCUAAAGCCAUCUGAUUAAAUUCAGCCAAUCCUGUCAGGCACUCACCCUGCUGCACAAGCCGUCAGGAAUGUCCGAUCUAUCCCCCAUGUCAUGAGCAAAGCUGGGCUCUCCAUUACCCACUUACAGAUAAGGACCCAGAGCACUUUAAGGGUGAAAACAGAGGCAGAUAGAAAGAUAAUAAAGGGCCACUUUUAGUUCGGCUGGUUCUCUGUUCCUUUAAUUUUGAAAGAUGAGACGUGUGAUUUCUUUUCAACAUGUUGUAUAAAAACAGAGGACAUGCGCGUGCUCUUAACUUUUGUAGAUGUUAUUGUUUGCACCAUCACUGACUAUUUAACCACAAUUAACACGACUCUUAUCUUUAAGUUCUGCAGUCAAUCCCGUCACUGUUGUGUCAAUAUGAAAGAAAAAAAACAACUGAUUAAAGAUGGCUUGUAUGAUAGAGUUUCCGUUGUUCAGAGUCAUUUUUUGUGUCUUCUGUUUACUUUAGGUUACUCUUGGAGAUGCCUGCGACAGUGGCAAGUUCACCGAGUCAGGGCAGUGCUGCAGUCUGUGUCCUGCAGGUUUUGGAGUGGAGAAAGAGUGUGGGAAAGAGGAUACCAAGUGCAUGCCAUGCCCACAGGGUAAGUGAUUGUGAUCUGAUGUUACACCACUAAAUGUAGAUGUUGAACCUGUCUGAUUAUUUUCUCCGUCAUCUGGCCAAGAGGGUUGAAAAUUAUUUUGAUUUAAACUCUAAAACAAGUGCUGAUUGUUUAAAAUUCUGCUUCCCAGGCACAUUUUCCUCAUCCGAAGGCCUUGAUGCUUGCACGUCCUGUGCAAAGUGUCCGCAAGGCGUCCCCAUGCUAGCGUCCUGCUCAGCCACCCAAGACACACAAUGCGAAUGUGACAAUGGCUUCUUCUUUUUAAGCGCCUAUGGUCUGUGCGCACCGUGCUCCAAAUGCAGCCGGGGUAAGGGUGCUACCCGAGAGUGCGGUCCCAAAGGAGACACGCAGUGUGAGAUCUGUGGCCCUGGAACCUAUUCUGAAGAGCACUUAAGCACCAAACCCUGCCUGACCUGCACCCAGUGCACAGACAGUGAAGUGGAGAUUCGACCCUGUAUGCCAAACUCUGACACACUCUGCAUGGGUGAGUUGUACAGAGAAAUGUUUCUUAUGAAUAACUCAAAAAUAAAUGAGACGAGUCGAGAGAUUGUUUUUAUCCGUCUAAUUGUUUUGAUCUGCUUACAUUGCCUUGAAAAAGUAUUCAUACCCCUUGAACUUUUUCACAUUUUGUCACUCUACAACCACAAAUUUAGAAGUUUUUUAUUGAGAUUUUUUUGUCAUAGACCAACACAAAGUAGCACAUAAUUGUGAAGUGGAACAAAAAUAAUACACGGUUUUCAAAAAUUUUAACAAAUAAAAACACGAAACGUGUGGUGUGCAUUUGUAUUCAGCAGUUUUCAAGUCUUGAAAAUUAGUCUUGCCACCAUUUGUUUAAAUUUUUGAAAACCGUGUAUCAUUUUUUUUCCACUUCACAAUUAUGUGCUACUUUGUGUUGGUCUAUGACAAAAAGUCUCAAUAAAAUACUUUGAAGUUUGUGGUUGAUGAGUGACAAAAUGUGAAAAAGUUCAAGGGGUAUGCAUACUUUUUCAAGGCACUGUAUCUCUCUAAACAAAUCAAAAAGAUCAAAAAUAGCAAACCCGACAAACCAAAAUAUCUUUGCCAGUUUCUGAUAAAAAACAAACAAACAAUUAAGGAUUCCAGGUUUUAAUCUCAAUGGCUCAGAUUUUUAUCCCAAAAACUAAAAUAAACAAAAACGAGCUUACACUUUUUUUUUGCCGACAGGAAAUAUGGGCAUUUAAAAUUGAAUAUAUCCCCGAGUUAAAUUACACUAGAAUAGUUUUUCGCUGUCUUUGCUAUUUUCACAAACAGCUCUGUCUUUUUAAUGUAUUUUUCUAAAGGUCUUUGGGUGCGAAUACAAAGACUAGAAGUUGGAAACCAAUCAAAGAUGGACCUGUGCACUCUUUUAUCCUUACAAUAGGGGAACUAUAGGAUAGUUCAGGCCUCAUCUGUUUAAGAUCUAAUGCAGGCGAAAGCUGCUAUAGUAAAAGAUAAAAGAAUGAGCUAAUGGGAGACGGGUGGCGAGUGGGAGGGUCUCUGAGAAUACAAGGACAUGUGGUCAACACCUGCAUCCACACCUCAUCUGAACACUCUGUAACACCCUGAGAUGGGAAACAUGAGCGUGAGUGAAAAAAGAGCCCGUAUAAGUGCGGCAAUCCAAUUUCUAAGAGCUUGACAGGUCUUUAGGUUAACUGCCCCCAAGAACCUGAGCACUGAGUGAGGCUGUUGACUCUAACAACCAGUCCCACUUGCUCUCCAGGAGUCAGGUCAGCUGUACAUGCUCUAGGUCCAUAUGUCACAACCCUUUGACCCCAGAGAGGUCAGGACAGUACCUUGUGGUGUUUGAUCCUAAAAUAGGCAGACCGCAGGAGGCAGAAUGAGGCUGGAAACAGGGGCAAUGAAAGGUUUCAAAACCCCAGGGUAGCGGGAUGACUGAGGGUAUCAUUACGGCAGGCGUGCAGACUUCUGUGGAAUUAUUUCUGGCUCUAAUAGAUGCAGCUCAGAUGUCUUUCUGAUGUGCAGAUGUAAUGAUUUCUGACAUGUAUAUAUAUUUUUUUUCAUAACUAUAGAUAGGAAACUCCACAUUCUGUCUCGUCCUCCUCUGGAUGGGGCUGAUGGGACCCGUGGCACUCCGAGCUGGCCUGGUGUGGACGAGGUGAUAACUGAGGGGGGAGCCAGUCCAGCUCCUGGAACACCCAAGUUUACCCCGCAGGACGAGGGAGGCAGCAACAACAUCCUGGUCUAUGUGUCUGUUCUGGCUGCUGUGGUGCUGGGUCUACUCAUUUAUGUGGCUUACAAAUGGUGAAUGCACUCUCCUUUUAUAGAUUUAGUAAUGAUAUUAAGAUGUGAUAAGAAGAACUUUGAUUGAUCCCUGAAGGGAAAUUCUCAUUAUAAUAUUGUAUGAAGCGUCACCCUGCAUUUAGCUAAACUGACAUUGUUGUUCUGUGCUCUUCUCAGCUGGAGAUCAUGUAAACAGAAGAAGGCUCUUUCUAAGGCUCGUGCUGCUGAGUUGGGAGCAUCCCCGGAGGGUGAAAAGCUCCAAAGUGACAGCGGCGUUUUCCUGGACUCACACAGCCUGCAAGACAACCAGCCCAGCAAAGGUGCGAUAGAUUUUAACACUUUGAAACCAUGAAAAAACAAAGUUUCAAAAACUUCAGGAGACAUUUUAACAAAGGCAUAUAAUCAUAUAGAGCUUUCUUUGAACAUUUUGUCUCAUUGAGAUCAAGGAUCUCUUUUUUUAUGAGACAAGACGCAUAGCAACACAGUUACAACAUUAAAGUCAUUCUGAAAGAAAGAAAGCAGGACAGAAACACAGAAAAUUUGAAGACUGGCUGGGAUUUGAGCUGACACUGAUCAUUUAUUAUCUGUUGUAGAUGCCAGUUCAUUGUGGUAGCCAUGAUCUUUUAUAAUAUUUAUGUAUUGUGUGGUUAUACACGGGGAUGAGUGUCACGUGGUGUGGGUGGAGGUAGUACGCCAGCACCAGUAGUAGUAAGUCAGCUGUUCACCUGGCGGGUUUUGUGGUUGAAUAGAGAAGGGGUGAAUAGGGAAGCCCUACUUUUUGCUGACCGCUUGUAUUUCGCCUGAUUUUUGCCUGAUUAUACAGCCAGCGCGUCGGGCAAGGCACUGUUUUCCCCUACUCAGCCUCUCGGUGGCUAAAUUGUUUUGGAUAGUCGCCAUACAAAUUUGUCAGCAAAAAGUAGGACUUCCCCAUUCACCCCUUUUCCAUUCAACCACAAAACCCGCCAGGUGAACAGCUGACUUGCUACUACCGGUGCUGUGCACACAAUACAUAAAUAUUAUAAAAGAUCAUGGCUACCACGAUGAACUGGCAUCUACAUCUCUACAUGACUACACUUUAGUUUGAUGACUAAAAAGGUCUCAUUUUGAAACUCCUUGAAAAAAAGUGUUGCAUUAGAAGAAGGAAGUUAAUUUUAAUUGUAAUCCUUACAUCCACUUCCUUUCAGGUCAUUGACAAAAUUGUAAUUUUAAAAGUUUGUUUGUUUAAGAAAUAUAAACAUUUGAGUUUUUUCCUGCAGAAACAAAAAGUUUGUGUUUUUUUAUUUUAUUUCUGCCACUAAAUUAUUCAACUUAUAGUCCAAAAAGAGCUUUCAUGAGACCUUAGUCAUCAAGAACAUUUACUGUGUAUUAAUGAGAUAAUAUUAUAAAUGAAUAUCAUCGUUAUUAUUAUUGCUCAAAGUUUCCAGUCUUUCUUUGUGGUACAAGUAGUCAAAUAAUGUGUUUGGUUUCAACAGGCACCAAAAGGGACAGCAAGCAGGACAACCGUCUGUACGUCAACCUUCCUCCUCACAGACAGGAAGAGGUGGAGCGCCUCCUGCAGGAGGGAGGGAGCCGUGGGUGGAGGCAGCUGGGUGCAGCGCUUGGUUACGAGCCUGAACAGCUGGAUCUGUUUGGGCGUGGAGAGGCCCCCGCUCACACCCUCCUCUCUAACUGGGCCCAGAAAGAAGGCUCCACUCUAGGACUACUGUGUUCAGCACUGGCUCGCAUCGAGAGGCCUGAUGUUGUUACCAGCCUUAACUGCCCCACACAGGGUGUUUCUGUGGUCUGACAGCACCUAAAACAUGAACAUGACACUGAGAGACUGAAGAGAAGAACUUAACAUCGAGCUGACAAUAGAGGCACUCUGAUAUCAACCCCUCGUCACUCUUGGAGAUUGCCACUGAUGGCUGUGUUUGCUCUCUUGGACACUUUGUGGUCCAGUUUUUACAAAGUGAACAAACUGUUCUUGUAAUACUUUCCUCUACUCAACUUACUCAUCUUUUCACCUUUUGUGAAUUAAUCUGCAUGAAAGAACCAACCAGGAUGCCAAGCCUUAAGUGCCUUGCUCAAUGAACUCUGCAGAAACCUGGUCAGGUUGGAUGUGACCUACAAUGACUCCAAACACACUUCAGAUGUGCAAAGUUGUUUACAUGCACGCAAAUCUUGAUUCUUACGGUAAGUAUACUUGACAAGAUAUUAUGUUUACACGUGUUGCAUGAGUGUAACUAUCCUAAAACUACUGUUUACAUCAUUAGGCAGUAAUCAGAUGUAUCCCCUACUUCCAAAAAAAAAAAAAAAAAGGUCAAUGUUACGCGUGCAACUGCCAACGUAAAAUGAAUGAUUAUGAUCAUCACAUUUCUAGUCUGGCUCGCCUUUUUCUGCAUGAAUCACAGCUCCAGAAACCACUUACAGUUGUGGUAUUGCAGUUGAUUGCCAAAAUGAGAUGGUUUUUUCCAAUAACACUGAUUCCCAACUGGAUGUGACUUCCCUUGCUAUGGACAGUUUCCAUGCUCAUGUGCAUGCCUAGAAAAGAAGAAAACUCCAGGAAACCAACCUAAGGAAAUACAUGACCAACUAAGCAGAAUUCUCAUGUCGAAAAUGAAGGCGAGAUUUUUUUUUAGCAAUCCAGGCCAUGCAUCCAGUCUUUAUUCUCUUGAUAGAUAACAUUUAAUCUUAAAGACUGCUGCCUUGUUCUCAAGUUUUUUUUCUGCUCUUUCUUCUGUUCUUUUUCAGAGUCUCAAACUUGGUAUUUAUUUAUAUCAAGGGUAUAUAUUACGCACCAGUGAUGUUUCGAAUCCCUUUGAAAGGCAUGAAAAUGAAGCAAUUUGUUAAAACAAACAAAAAAAAAAAAACAUCUUUCUGAGAUCAUGAGAAUAAUCAUCAUCUCUGGAAUGUAACUUUGGUUUUUCCGAUAAGUUUAAAAUAAGUUCAGUGAUGAAGUGUAAAGUUUGAAGACAGUGGGUGGAAGUUACGUCAGUUUGGCUCCUCACAGAAAAAGAGAAAAAACUCCAAAGACUCUCUUGUCUUUGUAUUUAUUUCAUCCUCCUGUUUGUCUGAAACGAGACACAAUGAUGAGCAAGUUACACUCAUUAAUAUCAUUAGAUGGUGUGAUUCUUUCAGUGCCAGCAAUCUUUGUUUUUUGUAUAUAUUUCCUAAUGGUUUGUCUUCUAUGUUUGUAAGAGUUGUAUUCAUUUAAUAAAUAACCAAAUAACCUGCCGUUUGUGAAGUAUUUUAAUCGGAGGCAGUUGCUUGUGAGUACAUAUGUGGUGUAUUUGAGUAGCUCAAUAAUGGAGGGUGGAAAAAAAGUUAUAUUACAAUAAAAGAAAAAUGUUCCUAACAUCUGGA